AUGAUUCAUUCCUUCCUCCGGCUUCCCUGGGGGUUUUUUCCAGGCUUGGGACGCGGCCCUGGAAGGCUGAAACAAACCAGCGAGGCCAGUUUACAGCAGCUGAUGAGCAGCCUGGACUGCAACAGCGACAGCGAGGUGGAUUUCCAGGAGUACGUGACCUUCCUGGCCUGCAUGGCCAUGAUGUGCAACGACUUCUUCCAGGACCUGCCGGACAAGAUGCCACGCAGGAAGUGAGCGCGC